ACCAGUCUUUGUCGUAGACUUGAACAACAUGGGUCAGUUGGUGGUAAAAUUAGCGGAACCGGUCAGCAAUGUAGCCGAUAUAUUGGGCGGUCGUCGCAAACGUAAACGCAGCAUUGAUUCACUGAAAACAAACAGCGAGGAAUCGAACAAUGAAACCCAGUCCCCCAAAAAGAAAAAGCUAUUGACCACAACGCAAUAUAUUUAUCAGGCCCUCUUUAAGGAACAGAAAAAUUCCGAUAUAGCCAUUAUGGCAUUGGGUAAAGUCUGGAAUUUGCAUAAAGUCUAUCUAUCGCAAAGUCCAUAUUUCUAUAGCAUGUUUAAUGGCUCGUGGAAGGAAUCGUGUCAGGAUUUUGUUCACAUUAAAAUUUUGGAUGAACGCAUUACACUGGAUGCUUUGGAUGCCGUUUUUGGUUCCAUGUAUUCCGAUGAAAUUGAAAUCGAUGCCAAAGGUGUGAUUUCCGUAUUGGCCACCGCCACCCUAUUCCAUUUAGAUGGCAUCAUCGACAAAUGUGCUGAGGUUAUGAUUGAGUCAAUAAAUGCUGAAACUGCCAUUAACUAUUAUGAAGCUGCCUGUCAAUAUGGCUGUCAAAAUGUUAAAAAAUCAGCCUUUGUAUGGCUGGAGACAAAUCUCCUCUGUAUAUAUACAAAAUAUCCAAAUUUACUAAGGCAAAUUAGUAUUGAACUAAUGACCGAUUUAAUAUCAAGUCCAGAUCUUUAUGUUAUGCAAACAGAAUUCUCAUUAUAUACGCUAUUGCGUAAUUGGAUCUAUUUACGCUUACAUCCCAAUUAUGAUCCAGAAAAUCCACAGCAUCAAGCUCAGCAGCAGGAGGAAUUAAAAUUGCUGCAGCAACAACAGCAAACAAAUGAAUCGAAUAAUUCGUCAUCAUCCUCCUCCUCAUCCUUAACAUUAUCAAAUUCACCAGCGGAUCGUCCACCUUUAACAUCAAAUGAUAUUGUACAAAACUUUUUCACUGCGCGUCGUGAAAAGCGUUCCUUCCUCUCCACUCCGGAUGGUCAACAAUUUUUGAAACCAUUCCUGGCACUGCGUACUCAGUACCUUACCAAUCAUCAUAUGGACUUGAAAAUUGUACUUAACGACAAUAUUAUACCCAAAGAAUGGCUGCACAAUCAUGUCUUAAGCAAUUGGAAUUCAAUACUCAAAGUUGAUCAUUUACCAGAAGAGGGUCCCAAAAAUCUCGAUCCUGAAGAAUUCUUUAAAAACUGCAUGCGCUGUGGUCGGAUCCUUUUGGAGCCUGGCUAUCAAAAAUGGCGUUGGACAGGAUUUAAUUUUGGAUUAGAUCUUAUACUAAUUGCCGAUUCUCGUAUACUUAGCAUUCGCCGACAUCAUCGUAACGAGCACGAGCGUCUGUUGAGUUUACAAACUAAACGGCAAUUUAUGAUAAGAGCCUCGGUAACAUCCAUUAACAGCCAACGUCAACCCGUCUAUACACAAAAAUCCGAUAUUACAUCAUUGUGUUUGGAGAAAAACGAAGAGGUGACACUUAUGGUUAUGGAUUCGAAAUUAGUCCAUCCACUAUUGAUCUCAGUUAAUGUACUCGUUGUGCCACCGGCACCGCAAACGUUCAAAGAAAAUCUGCUAAUCUGUGAUGAAUUUGCCAAUGUUUCGUCUGUGCCGAUAUCGGAAAUUGGUGCAAAUUGUGAAAGAUCUGCCACGCCGACCAGCAGUAGCAGUUGUGGUAUGAUGGAUGACGGCAAUGCUGUUUGUUUGGUACCACCUUCACCACCAAAUGUGGCAGCUGCUGCUGCGGCGGCUUAUGCUUUACCCUCAUCAAUGGCGGCCAGUCAUCGUUCAGCAUCGGCCACAUCGACAUCAUCAUCAUCAACUGCCUCAAGUUCUUCAUUUUCAUCUACAGAUUUUCUGUAG